UGGUGGCAAAGACCUUCAUCAUUGCUGCGGAGAAGCUUAGUGUGACAACAUGAGAGCGUUCGUUGUGAUAUCGGUGGUGUGCAUCUAUGCGCUUACAGUAUGGGCAACACCCGUGAAGCGAUUCGGCGUGCCGGUGAAAGCCGAAGACGACUGCCGCGGCGGAGCCAACUUCUCGACGGACGUCGACGAUUGUCAGCGGUUCUACAUCUGCGACCACGGCUGGCCGAAGGUGCGACUCUGCGCCGCCGGGUCCGUGUGGACGCCGCUGCUGAUGAGAUGUGAGCUGCCGGAGAAUGCCAUCAACGACGAGUGUGGCUUCGUGCCGCCGAUUCCGGACAACGUCGCCAUCGACGAGGUGGAACGAGCCGACGAAGCUGCGCAAUGGCUCUGCGCAGACGGAAACCAGCGCAUAGCUUACCAUGGCGUCUGCGAUGGCUUUAUUCAAUGCGACGACGGAUCAGACGAGGCCGACUGCGCUGAGGUGUGCGACCCGACAAACUGCAGGCUGCCCGAUUGCAAGUGCAGCAGUGGGGAGAUUCCUGGCGAGCUACUUGCUAACGAGGUGCCGCAGCUAGUGUUAAUCGGAUGGGACGAGGCGGUUAGAGUGGAAGAUUAUAGCCAUCUCUACCAGCAGGUGUUUAAGAAGAUCACCGCCAAUAGGAGGCGUGAAAAUCGCAAUAAUCCUAACGGAUGUCCGGCUGUGGGCACAUUCUUCGUGAGUCAUCAGUUUACUGACUACGCCGCUCUCCAGAGUCUGUACAGUCAAGGUCACGAGAUCGCUUCACACUCCAUCAGUAAAACGUUGCCCGCCGAGUACUGGGAGACAGCAACAAGCGAAGACGUUGCCGCAGAGUAUGCCGGAGCCAGAAAGAUUUUCAGCAACCUGGCGGGUAUUCCUGAGAGCGCUGUCGUCGGCACACGCGCCGCGUAUCUGCAGACGAGCGGAAAUGAAUUCGUCAGAACGCUGACAGAGAAUGGCUUUGGAUGGGACUCCUCCUACGCGACGAGCCAGAUUGAUCCUCCGAUUUGGCCAUACACGUUCAACUUCAGGUCAACUGCUGGGUGCCCCGUUGCACCGUGCCCCACCGCAUCGUUAACCGGAUUCUGGGAGUUUCCUCUCGUGGACUGGAUUGACCUAAACGACACGCUGUGCGUGAACGUAGACAGCUGUUUAUUCACGGAAGAUAAGGAGGAGGCAACGACCUUACUAAAGACCAACUUCCGACGCCAUUACAACACAAAUAAGGCUCCUUUCACGCUCAAUCUUCGUGCCAGGUGGUUCUACAACGACGGCUACCAUAAUCUCGAAGCUCUACAAGAAUUCCUCGACGAGCUGGAAGCCAUGGACGACGUCUACAUCGUCACCUACAGUCAGGCGAUGAACUGGAUUAGAAAUCCCGUCAAGAUGGCCAACCUGCUCGAUUCGGACGUCUUCAGCUGCGACUACAGCGACCGGACGCCGCUGUGCGACAAUCUGAACCUGUGCGGCUACGCGAACAUCACCUACCAGCCUAACAGUGAAGACCACCCGGGCGAUCGCUUCUUCCAGACGUGUAGCGAGUGUCCGGCCGUCUAUCCCUGGACAGGAAACCCCGACGGCGUCGAUCAGUCGUAGACGCAACUUGUACGCGCGCAUGCGCUCCUCGAAAAACGGUGCCAACGUGCAGUUUCGCGUCUCGUGAUGUUCUUUUGCCACGUUAUUAUGCGACGGUCACACUCUACGUGGCGGUACUAUGGUAUAGCCAAGCAACUUAACAUCACAUGAGCUGAAAAUGCACUUCACAUGAGCAAAAACGAUUUCACUUUAACGUAUUUUGUAAUGUUUGUGCGUAUGAUCGCGUGAGCAAGUGUGUGUGUGUGUGUGUGUGUGUGUGUGUGUGUGUGUGUGUGUGCGUGUGCGUGUGCGUGAGCGCGUGCGCGUGCGCGUGCGCGUGUGCGCGCGUGUGUGUGUGUGUGUGUGUGUGUGAGUAGGAGUACGAAAAACGUGCGACAAAAAUAUGCUUAACGAAAUAACACAAUUUAGAGAGAAGAACCUAAGAAUGCUGAAGGCCAUAUCAGAAAUCUUCCGAAUAUCUAAUGACUCAGCUUAUGAUUAUAACAGAGUCGAUAUAACGUUCUAUUUUUAUAUGUGUUAAAAAUUUGUCUAUCAUGUAUUAUACGUUGUAAUAUAAAAGAAAUAUAAUACAUGCAUAGCUGUCCUAGAGUAGUUUUUAGAAACAUGCACAUGAGCUUUUUAUGAUAAUCAAAAUGAGCGUUUAAACUGUCACGGGAAAUCGUGAUACGGAAUGACAAGAUACGUACAACGGGCCAGGUCAUCACGCAACGUAUAGUAAUAGGAACCCAUUGACACAGUGUUAGUGGGAUAUUGAUCGCACUACGAUGGAUCAGAUAGGUACGUUCUUUUAAAAUGGCGUUACUCUAGCUUUCUUGCCUGUCAUUAGUAUAUAUAUACAUUCAGUAUUGAAUCUUCUCCUGCGGGUACAAUGUAUUCAUAUCUGUAAUUCAUUCAAUGAGGUAGAUAGUAACACAUUCUUGAAUGCUGUAAAAGCUGUAAUGUGUGCUGGUCACAUAGUGUACACGGUACGUGUAUGCAUAAUUAUCGUUUAAUAUAUAGAUAUAGUUAUAUAUAAAGUUAUGUAUAGGCGAAUGUUGUGUAAACCUGCAUUGCCAGUUGGAACUCUUUGCGUUUGUAUUGCGACGCGUUUCACGCAUCACGUAUUUCGUCGCGUGACAAACACGUUGACAAUUAUCACAAUGCAACAGAGCGAUAACUAGAAGAUGUCACAUAGGUAUGAACAGUUUAUUUACAGAAUGUGUUACAACUGUGAUAGUCGAGAAGAAUACAACACACGCAGCAUAUUUUUCUUCUGUAAUUUACAAACUAUAAGGUGCACUCAUGGCGAAGGUGUACUAUCACUAUAGGUAUCUUACUGGCUGCUACUCGUUAACCUAGAUAAAACCCCUGUCAAACCAACUCGGGUGCCUAUAUCAACAGGUUCGAUAAUAUUAGCACAGUAUUUUUCAUAAAUCUUAAUGUGUAUUAUACUUUCUAUUAUCUGAUAAGUAAAUAAAAACGAUGAUAUGUUGAACAUUUCAA